UACCCGGAAGUACGUGCCGCUCUUGACUGCAGCCGAUUCUAAUGCUAAUGCUAAUGCUAAAACCUGCAAAUUAACACAGAGUUUUUACUUUUUUAAAAGAAAAUCGCGUUGUCAUUUUCAGUAACUAUUCGUGAACUGCUUUGUCGCUAUGUUCAGUGGUCUCUUGCCGAAAGGUUUUACGGAUGACGAGCUUAGUCCCGACGAAGAGGAGGAUGUGGAGGAAGAAGAGAGCGAAAAGUUGAGACCCAAACAGCAAAACGCAGCACCUGCAGUGGAAGUGUUGCCAAGUGUCAGCGCAUGUGAUGCUAGCAGUGAAGGGCAAUGCAGUCUGCCUGGUAUACCUCAGGAAAUGUGGCAAAAAUUCAAGGAUCUACAGAAGAAAAAAGAAGAAGCUAAAAAAAUAGAGGUUCCCAGAAAAAGAAAAAGAAGACGGAAAAAGAAAGGAACAGUGAGUAAUAGUGAUCCACCUGAAGACAACAGAGAGCAGGAGAAGGAGAAGCACUGGGAUGAGCUUAAGCAGUAUUUUGGUUCAAAUGAUCGUUUUCAACCCCCCUCAUGCUCAAAACCCCCUCCGAAGUCCGGCCUAGAAAAGAGCAUAGAGAGGGCCAUUGCUGAAGGGGACAUUGCAAAAGCGGAGGAGAUGAGCGACAGCCUUGCUACGAGAGAGCUGGCUGUGAAAAUCGCAGAAGCCGCUGGUUGCCGUGACUACGCCAAACGCAAACAGGAAGAGGAAGCUUUGAAGGCCGCACAGAAGAGGAAGAAGGAGAUCGCCUGGGGAUUUGAGGCCAAGAAAAGAUGGGAAACCAAGAGCAAUAUGGGAUUCAUGUGAAGCCUCAAAGACUUUACACACUUUUGUAGAAGAAGGACUACAAGAAUCGUACAGACAUGUUUUUGAUCGUCUGUCUUCAAGAUGAAAGGAUUGUUUAUUUUUAUUUAUUUAUAUUCUGUGGAAAUGUCAAGUUAAUGAAGAAAUAUUGGUGCAAACUAACAAGUUGUCAGCUAUACGUCAAUAAUAUUUUGACAUUUUACUAA